AUGUCGAGUAGUGGUGAUCCAGAGCGCAGAGAAGAAGAGGAAGAGACCCCACCGGUCGAGGACGAAGACACCGGAGCUCCCUUUGUCAAGCUCGAAGAAGAAGACGCCGUCCUCGAUCCUCAGGCGAAGCUCUACCGAUACGAUAAAGGAGAGAAUCAAUGGAAGGAGAGAGGCGUUGGGAAUGUGAAGCUUCUUAAGCACAAUGAAUCCGGCACCGUCUUGGUUUUGAAUCAUAGUUCUCAAACGUUGAAAAUCUGCGCCAACCACAUAGUUUAUCCCACAAUGAAUGUGCAAGAGCAUUCUGGAAAUCAUAAAUCAUGCGUAUGGCAUGCGUCCGAUUUUGAAGAUGGAGAAUUGAAGGAUGAUAUCUUCUGUAUCAUAUUUGCAUCAGUUGCGAGGGAUAAAGGAUUUGAGCUAGAAUAUGAUGUAUGGAGGAGUAAUACUGAACUGAAAUUUUUCCUAUGA